ACCCCCUGCUGAGUUACGUGUCUGUUUGCAGGUCAUCGUUGUUGGAUGAGAAACGCCGACUGGAGGCACGGUUACAGCAGGUAGAGGACGAGUUGGAGGAUGAACAGACCAACGGUGAAUUGCUGCUUGAAAAAGCUCGCAAGGCACAAAUGCAGGCAGAGCAAAACCUGGCAGAUCUUUCAUCAGAGAAAUCAGUCACACAGAAGUUGGAGAACCAGCGGUCCUCCCUGGAGAGACAGAAUAAGGACCUUCGGGAGAAACUACAAGACCUAGAGAACACCGUACGCACUCGCACCAAGGCCACCAUCACCACUCUAGAGGGCAAGGUCGCUAACCUUGAGGAACAACUCGACAGUGAAACAAAGGACCGAACAAAUAUGCAGCGAUCUGUUCGUCGAUUGGAAAAGAAGUUGAAAGAGAUGGUGUUACAGGCUGAGGAUGAACGUCGCCAUGCAGACCAGUUCAAGGAGCAGAAUGACAAGAUGAACAAUCGUGUACGAGCUCUGAAGCGACAAUUAGACGAGGCAGAGGAGGAAAUUACAAGGAUGAACGCAGCCAAACGCAAACUUCAGCGUGACCUUGAUGAACAAAUGGAACAAAGUGAAUCGACAGCUAGAGAAAUAUCUCAGUUGAAAAAAUACAGACCUAGUGCUAGAGUGUCAUCUGCCCGCUCCAUGUUGUCCUCCAUACGGUCUGGAGCCGGAGAUUUAGACGACGACGAUGACGACAGUGUCGACUCAGCAAAACAAAACUCUGAUGCUUAAACACAUACCGGAACAUUUAUCAUUUAGCAGACAAACAUUUGGGGUGCCGUAUGACCAGUGUAUCGCCCACACAUACCGUGGACUUCAUAUAAACACACAUAUACAUUAAUUAAUUUUUUUCUACAAAAGAUGUGUAUAUCAUGCCUAUAUAAUUUCUAUAAUGAAAACAAAUUCAGUUUAUCUUAUUAUAAUUAUUACUGUUAUUAUAUUAAGUUGUUGUUUUUUUUACUUUGAUUACCAGGACCCAAAUACUUGUUUGCCUUUUUUUUUAUACACUGUGUAAGAUUAUUUUGUUAAGUGUUUGUGAGUUUUCUCACCAAUCAUAAACUGAAUGUUUAAGAAAAUGUGAUGACACGUUAUCAUAUCACCAAACUGGGACCUGAGCUACUGGACCAUACCCUGACCUUUGAUCUUCCUGCUGGUCAGUGUCAGUUCUCGUGUGUGAACUGCUGGCUCCUACAUAGCACCGCAUAGUCAAUUCCGACCACGCUUGCCGUUGUGCUAUUUCCGACCGAGUUUGACAUGUCUUCUCUGACAUAGGGUCAUUGUGUCAAUUCCAACCAAUCCUGGUGUUGUGUCGCCUCUGAUGGAUUCAUAUUGUGUCAUUUAUGACAUGGCAUGGCAUUAUGUCGGAAGGCAUACCUAGCUUUGAAAGUGCUGAAAAUGUUUAACCUUGGAUGGUCAGAAUAUUCGGUGUAUGUCCUGUUUUAUGCCAGUAUAUUAUAUUGGUUUUGCUUACCUACCUAUCGCUAUUAUGAACAAAUAAUAUUCGUUAUAUUUCUUUUACAAUGGUUAUUAUUGUAUGUGCUCUAAAUUAAAUUGUGCUAUCCAUAUUGUCUCGUCGUAUGCUUAGCUUUUAUAGUCGAACUUAACAAACGAGGGCGUGCAAGAGGAAGAAAUACAUUGUUAGAGGGUUGACUGUCGACAUUGGACAUAAAUAUAUGUAAAUAUGUGAAUGAAAAUAUUGAAAAAUACAAUUAUUUAAACGGUGGUAUUGGUUAAUUGUUAACCAAAAAAAUAUGAAAAUCGAAUUUAUAAGAAUUUUAUGUUCGUGUUGUAAAGAUGUAGUCACUGAAACUGCAUAGUCUGCACUAGGAAAUGGUGAUUACACAUGUAAAUAGCCAUGUCGUCGACACAGCGUCAACAUUACCCAAACUCAUUCCACCACCAUCUUGUCAGAUCACCGGCACAUCACUGGCGUAUGGCUACAACCUAUUCUCUCAUUAACUCAUAUUUAAUGAAAAAACACUGAAAAAAACCACAUAUAAAAAAAAAAAAAAAA